CGAGUUGAGUGAGUUGUUGUGAGUGGGAAGCACAGACCUCUUGAGAGACCAGACCACAGCCCGGCGAGGCACAGUGUUCAGAAGAGUUGGUAACUCUAGACAAGGACUGGUAGGGUUGACGAGAGGACGCGGGGCAGGCAUGGGUUGCAGCCACAGCAAGAGGAAAAGCAAAGUGAAAGAGGAAGAGAAGACGGUGAAGGAGGUCAACAACAGUCAAGAUGGAGGAGGUAAAGUCCCUCUGGAGGAGCUGAACGUGGGUCUAGAAGCAGAGAAGCAGCUGGGUCAGUAUGAGUGGCAGCUGAAGAUCCUACGGGAGGUGCUGUCUGCCUCUGGGACCCAGGAGAGGGAGGAGCUACUAAAAGACCCAACCCAAGGAGAGCUCUGUGCCCUGGUCCACAACAUCAUUGAGAAGGUGGAAACAGAGACGGCUGCUGACAUGACUGUUCUCUAUGUGGAGAAGAGCCAGAGGACCGCAGAGCAGCAUGCGAGGCAGCUGGAAGAACUACAUAUAGAAUUCCUAUUAUCCCCCACAGAACGGCAGAGGAGACAGAGUGAAGAGAGAGAACGGCUAACAGAGACACACCAGGCAGCAGAGAAAGUGUUGAAGGAGGAGGUAGAGGAGCUGACUACAGAGCUACAGGUGUACAAUCAGUUAAAGAAGAGAGUUGACGAGUCUACCUUCAAGAAGGACCUGCAGCGGAACAUUCAGGCCCAUGGCAGUCCUGGGCCAUUCUGGGAGCAGGAGCAGGAGAGUCUAUUGUUUGUCAUUGAGAUGAAGAGUGAACGUAUUCAGGAGCAGGGAAACAAACUGCUACAGAUGCAGGUUCUGGUGGAGAAGAAUCUGUCUCUGGAAGACCAGGUCAUCACUGUUUUACAGCAGAACGAGGACCUGACGGUUCGGAUUGACAACCAUCAAAGCCUUAUACAGCAGCUCUCCAAGGAGCACCAGGACCUCCAAGGGACGUUAGACAGGCAGACAGGUCUCUGUCAGAGGCUCACCCAGGAGAAAGAGCAACUCAUGUUUAAACUGAAGCACAGAGACUCCUGUCCUACCUUCCCAUCCUUCCCCAUAGUGUCUGAGAUCUCCCCCAGCUGAUCCACCCGGACCGAACAGGACAAUCGGUUACUUCUGUCUUAAUCCUGUCUAGGGUUGCAAGCAUGGAUCUGUUAACUUUCCCAAAAUUCAAAAAUUAUUUUUUUCAGUAAUCCCUGAUUGGAGGAUUCCGAGAAUCCCUGAUUGGAGGAUUCCGGGAAUCCCUGAUUGGAGGAUUCCGAGAAUCCCUGAUUGGAGGAUUCCGAGAAUCCCUGAUUGGAGGAUUCCGAGAAUCCCUGAUUGGAGGAUUCCGAGAAUCCCUGAUUGGAGGAUUCCGAGAAUCCCUGAUUGGAGGAUUCCGAGAAUCCCUGAUUGGAGGAUUCCGAGAAUCCCUGAUUGGAGGAUUCCGAGAAUCCCUGAUUGGAGGAUUCCGAGAAUCAGGAAGUAAUAUACACGGAGGGACUUCUCCAACCUGGAAUUUUUCAAGUGAAAUUUCUGAAACAUCUGGGGAUUGUGGGAACGUUUCGGAGCUUUUGCAACCCUACUGUAAUCCUACUUUGACAAUCAAAGUCCAGGUACCUUUACAAAGGGCUAUAGUCACAUGUUUGAUGGAACCUGAUGCCAAAAAAAUGUUUUAAAGGUUUUAUACCUGCUGUGCCGUAGAGUACAUAAUGUUUCUGUAGCAGUAUUGUAUUCAUACAACAGGACUGUUUUUUUGGGGGGGUUGGGGGCGCAUUGGGCACAGCCAUGCACUGUUGGACUUAACUGACACCCUGCUGUUCAACUGAGAUUCUCAUAGUUGUGUUACUGUUCAACUGAUAUUAUAGGUGAAUGUGACAGUGUUCACUUUGAUGGUUUGAGUUGCAGUUGGAGAGGCAGAUGUUUAAUCAUGUAGUACGUAGCUAGUAGCUACAUCUUUAUCUACCUUCUUCCUGAGACAGGAUAUAAUGCAGUAUAUACAAUUUAAACAGUAACUUUAGACAACAGCUUUUGUAUUAGGGAUAUGUUUGACUCUUUUGUUUCAUACAAUAUGGGAAAUGGAUUGCCAUGGUUAUUUUAUUUUUGCAGAUGAAGACAUUUUUGUGAUUUUUUUUUUUUUUUAAGUUACAAAGAACCAAAAGCACUUAUCAGUGUUUUUAAUUUGUAUUUCUUCUGAUGCACUAGCACUUUUAAUCAGUAUUUUACUAGUACUAAAUGUGAGAAAGGUUGCUGUAAAAAAAUAUGUUUUUUACUCUUGUUUACUCCUGUGUUUUACAUUUUGUUUGUUUACAUUGACAUUUGAAUAAUUUAGCCAACUCCUUUAUCCACAAAGGCAGCGGAUAGAUCUAGGAGGAGAGAGAGAGCUUGAGUUACAAUAAACUGCAUCUGAACCACUGUA